CGAGGAGAAAAAAAAAUUGAGGGAGAGAGAUGAGGGAGAAAUGCUGCUGUAGUUGGUCCCGCUCAUCACUUGACAUCUGUCCGUCUCUCCCCCCUUCCCAACCCCUCCGCCUCCCUCUCUCCCCGUUGCGCUCUGAGUUGGGGACUGUCCUUGGUCUACAUCUUCUCGUCUUCUGCUUCUGCCUCAAAUUGCGCUACUCCUAGUACCAUUCACUAGAAGCACUACUUUCCUCUCCCACCGUCUCCCCACUGUUGUCAGGUUACUCCACCCACCUUCUUCAUGGAGGUUGGUGGGAACCUGCUGGGAUUCAUGCUCAUUUUUGCUCUAGAGGCUGUGCUGGUUCCCCAUUCCUGAGGGCAACCAUGACAGGAAAAAGGAGCAAGUGACGUUUGCUCAAAGUUGCAGAUUCAUACCCUCUUUCCCUGUUUCUUGCUUUCUUCGCCUGUGAUCCCCUUUCUGGAGGUACCUUUUCUUUUGAAGUUUCUGAGGGGACCCAGAUGCUAGAAAUACGCGCUUGGUGGUGCUUUUCUUGCUAGGGUUUGUGGGUUUUGGAUGUUGCCAAAGUGGGUCUGGCUUAGUCUUCCUGAAAGUGGUCGCCGUCUUUUGGUUUUCGAUUCACGGCCGUCUCAAUUUUGUCUUGCUGGUUUCGCCUUUGGGGUUGCGAUUUCUGUCCAUGAGUCAUGGGAACUUGACGGGUAAUGGUGGAGCGAUGAUGGGCUUGGGGAAGGAAUUGGUGGUUUUGAGGUUGGGAAGAUGGUAGGUGGUCGGAGUGCUGGUUUCUUGGAGGGGUUUCUUGAGGGCGAAUGCGAUGGAAGACGUUUCUGCGUCGGCGAUAGUUGCGGUUCCGUCAUUUAGGAUAGGUUCUAGUUGCGUCUGUGAGAAUUCCCUACAUAUGGAUGUUGGGCACUUCAAGAUUGCGACUGAUGCCCCUGCAACUGGCUUCGUUUCUGAGUCCACGACCGCGGCUCUGCAGCCCAUGGCUUCUUCUGAUGAAAUUGCAUCAUGCGGUUUUAGAUCAGAUCUAGACCGCGAGGAGGUUGUUGGGUGCUCAGCCAAAUCGUUGGAGACCAAAUUUGCAGAAGCCUGUUCUGGCAUUGGUGCCUCGGAAGGCGAGGAUGAUGGUACGACUACGAGACCGGAGUCUCUUGAUGAAGUGAAACAGUUGAGUGUUAGUUCCGUGCCUUUUAGUAACGUGGCCGAGGAGGACGAUUCCCUGGCUGCUCAAAGUGACCAGGUAGCAGAAGACUCUUGCUCUCUCUCGGUCCUGAGUGAUAGUGGAAGCGUUUGUGGUGGGGGUGGUGAAGAGUCUGCUGAUGAUACUAGUCCUAGGUUGAACGAUCUUGAGGCCAUUCCCAAGGAUGCCGGAGCUUUGUCGGAAGUAUUUGACAAUCACGACAUUGCAAGGUCUCCUUUGGACAGUCGUCCGAACAUUUCAAACGUUGAAGAUGCUUUGACUGAUCGAACCACGCUGACCGACAUCCCUGCUGUUCCUAUUCACCGUGCUUCUUCUGAUCUAACUGGUUCAGUUCUUGGAGGCAAGCGUAGAUUUAGUCCUGACAUGGACUGCCAACCUCCCUGGGGAUGUGUUUCUAUCUGUGGAAGGCGACCAGAAAUGGAAGAUGCUCUUGCUGCUGUCCCAAGAUUUACAAAGCUUCCAGCCACGUUUCUAUGUGAUUCUCACUUGACCGGUGCCCAACCACAGAAUCCAGAAUCCUCUGCAUUGCAUUUCUUUGGAGUAUACGAUGGCCAUGGCGGUUGCCAGGUUGCCAAUUACUGUCGUGAUCGGAUCCAUGAGGCAUUGGUCGAAGAGCUACGGAGCUUUGAUGACGUUGGUCCUGAUGAAAACAGCUGGAAGAAAUGCUGGGAGAAAAUACUUACUAGUUGCUUUCUUAAGGUUGAUGCAGAAGUGGCGGGAACAACGGUCAAUGAAGAACCACUUCCUCCUGAUAGUGGCAAAGAGCCUAUUGCGCCCGAGACUGUAGGAUCUACUGCAGUCGUUGCUAUUCUGUCUUUCAACCAGAUAAUUGUGGCCAACUGUGGAGAUUCGAGGGCUGUACUUUGCCGUGGUAAAGAAGCCAUUCCACUUUCUGUCGAUCAUAAACCGAACAGAGAGGAUGAGUACUCCAGAAUCGAAGCAGCUGGAGGGAAAGUCAUUCAGUGGAAUGGAUAUCGUGUAUUUGGUGUCCUUGCCAUGUCAAGAUCAAUUGGUGAUCGGUAUCUGAAACCAUGGAUUAUUCCUGAACCUGAAGUGACAUUUGUUUCUCGCAUGAAGGAAGAUGAAUGCCUUGUAUUGGCUAGUGAUGGCUUAUGGGACGUCAUUCCUAAUGAAGAAGCUUGUGACAUUGCUCGCCGACGUAUUUUGCAUUGGUAUAAAAAGAAUGGUUUGACAUCUUCUAUUGAGAGGAGUCAAGGUAUAGAUCUUGCAGCACAAUCAGCAGCGGAGCAUCUCUCUAAGCUUGCCCUUCAGCGGGGAACAAAAGAUAAUGUCACUGUUAUUGUCAUUGACCUAAAGGAAAGAAGGAAAUUCAGAAUAAAGACUUGAAACAUGCUGACAUAGGUCACUCCUUGAGUUCAAUUGUCAGAGAAAAAUGAUCAUAUAACCCAGGUUCAGUCCUUACAAUUGAUACGUACAUUUUUAAGCCCAUCCAGUUUUUUCAUUUGGGCAUGAUGGUUGUACGAAUGUGAUACUCUGUAAUAUAAUGACUAUGUUCAAAGUGGUAACCAUCCAAAAGGUAAGCCUUUCCACA